ACACACACGCGCGCGUGCUGCAACGCGGUUCGUGAUUGGUGACUUGUGAGUGAAUGCAGCUUGUGUGCGCACUUAUGCGUAAAUUGCGGACCAACAGCGGCGCCUCGCCACAACUUCUAAUACACUGUUAUCUCGGUGUUUUUUUUUUUCCGCCUCUGCGAGCUAUCGAGCGAAGCCCGGAGGUAUGGGACCAGAGGGGGGAGAUCGGGUUGCGUGGGGAGGGGGGGUCUCGCGAUGCCGUUUGAUAAUUAACUAAGGUAUACCUGAAUGGGCGACGCGGGUGACGGGGGAGGAGGCGAGAAAGCGGAUCAGGGAGAGGUGAGUGGAGGAAGAGAGAGAGAGCGGUGGAGGGAGGCGGGCCGGAGAGGAGAGAGAGGUCUUGCCUCUUGUCUUGCUGAGGUUCUUUAUUCAGUGGCAGCGGCAGAGACAGCCCCGUUACGGACCAGCGUUCGACCGGAGCAAGAGUCGUUCAGACACGGCAGCUUUCCUCAGGACAACGGCUCUUUGUUGCGUCCCUCCAGCCCGAAAGCAAAGAACCGGUGAAGCCAAACGAAGAAAACGGAUUCCGUGCUGGAUGACAAAUAAGUGUGAAGAUGCAUUAUGUGUGUGGUGAGCGCAGAAACUGCCAUUUAACGUCCCUCGCUGUGAGCUUGGCACGUAAAGGAGUAACUGCGAUGAAGACACUCACAAGAAGCUCUUCUCGGUAAGAAGUGGAAGAGUGAGAGGAGAAGUCAGACAGGAAAAAAAAGUGGAGGCCAAAGAACAAACACCAGCGCGUCCUCGAAUGAUGGGGAUAAAGCUUCUUCUUCUUCUUUUGAUUUACUUAGACCCACUGAAUGUCCUGUGCGCCGCCACCGCCAACAAAAAGAACAAAAUCCCGCCGCGGAGGAACCCAAAGGUGAAGGAGGUCAACGGCAGCACCACCGCGGUCCCCGUGGUCGCGGCCGUCCCGCGGAAGAUCACCCAGGUCCAAGCGCCCUCCGUGGGCGGUGUCCACCACGACACCUGCCUGGGCUACUACGACGUGAGCGGGCAGUACGACACGGAGUUCGCCUGCAACAACACCGACCACCGCUUCUGCUGCGGCAGCUGCUUCCUGCGCUUCUGCUGCGCGGACCGGGGGAAGCGGCUGGAGCAGAGGAGCUGCACCAACUACAACACGCCGGACUGGAUCAAAACCCAGCCGCCCUCCCCGGAGCCAACAGGUGAUACGUACAAGCCGGAGCUGGACCAGACCAACACCACCGUGUACAUCACCUGCGGGGUCAUAGCGCUCAUCAUUGCCAUUGGGAUUUCUGUUAAGGUGGCGUAUGAUAAAGCCACUAAGCCUCCUCAGGAAAUGAACGUGCACAGGGCCCUGGCAGAUAUUCUGAGGCAACAAGGACCGGUGCCGAUAUCUCAAUAUGAACAUGAGAACAUUGCAGCGAUUGAUGGGUCGCCCAAAGAGGAGACGCCAGUCAGGACGUCGAAGAAUCAUUACACACCUGUUCACACCAUGGCCUCCAACCAUGCAGGACAUUACGGCAAAGAGAACAUGCGCAGCGGAGGCCAGGACCUGCACAACUUCAUCUCCUCCGGGUUCGUGACUCUCGGCCGCGGCCACUUGAAAGCGCAGCACUCCAUAGACGAAUCGGGCCAGAUGUCCUGGCAGGGCGACCUGGACGUUCCCGUCUCCUACGGAAACCACCAUCACGACUACCAGCACAGCCACCUGGACCUGACGGCACUCACACCUAAGCUGGCCCACAGACAAAUGCGAUAUGAGAGGCCCCAGCGGAUGAACAACAUCCUGACCUCAGCCACGGAGCCCUACGACCUGUCCCUCUCCAGAUCCUUCCAGAACCUGAGCCACCUGCCUCCCUCCUACGAGCUGGCCCUCAAGCCUGACAUAAGUGAUAAAGACGUGGACGAGUACUACGCCAGGAAGCACCACCAUCACGACUUCGGUGGCCGGGGUCCCACCCACAUGGUGAAGCUGAACCCGGAGCCGCACCAGCAGCGGCAGCGCCCGCGGCGCGUCCAGAGGGCCAUGUCCCAGGACCACGUCCUGUCCCCCCCCAGGACGCCGCGGCGCGGAGACUACGGCCUGUCGUCCUACGGCGUCAUGGCGGCGGCCGCGUACGGCAGCAGCCGCCACCUGUCGGAGGAGCAGCUCCUGUCCGCGGACCGCCUCCACUCCCAGGACCCCCUGCUGUCCCCGGCCAUGAGGCGCGACAAGUUCCGGGAGAAGGCGAUGGCGCGGGCCAUGUCCCACGCCGACAUGCUGAUGCCCACCACGCCCGUCAUGGACCGGCACAAGAUGACCAAGAUGCACUCGCAGCCCAGUGCCUCCAACGACUACAACACGCUGGCGGUCGGCAACCAGCCGAGCGCCUCUAAGAGGCAGGCGUUCGCCAACCGACGGACGCACACCGUCGACCACCUACAGUACAUUCCCGGCCACCACCACGGGUACCACACUGCCAGCAAGAACGAGGUCACGGUUUAACCUCGGCGCGAAGGGAUCCAUCCGCCGGACGCGCUCCUCCCGCCCGCAUCAUUUGGUUUUCCUGUUAGAAUCUGCUGCAUUAAACACUCUUACAGCUUUUCCGCACAAGCUUCCAUGUCACCCACGAGUCGGCGAGGACGUUUCUCUUUUAGAGCAUCAUAAGGGCUUUGCGCAUUGACACAAAGAGGGAUCCUCCAUGUCAGACAUUCGACGGCCAGAGGAGAAUAUUUUUUAAACCAGACAUGGGACUAGAAGGGAGUUCUAUCAACUUUAUAAAUAUAUAAAUACACUAUAUUUACUAUUUGUAUUUUCAGUCCUUGUUAUAGCUUUAGAGGUUCUCAUUGACUGAUACGUAAGCACUUCAAGUGGUGCCUAUGACAUUGUCCCAUUUCAACAAUGAAGUGGAUUUGUGGGUUAAAAAGCACAAUUAAUGAAGUCCUGUUUUUAUUAAUUCUACUUUUCCUCUUUUGUAAGUGGCCAGAACAUAUCAGCUUAUUAGUGGAAACCAAGGCUCUUUCUGUUGCAUCCAGUAGAUGAGUGUAAAUAAGCUACACUAGCAGCAUUAAUACAAAAAAGCUGGCCCUUCUGCAUUACUCUUUUGGUUCUCUUCUCCCUUUCAUGGGUUCACAACUAAUAAUUACAAUUUUAGAUAAGGCAAAUAUCCCAAAUUAGUAUUAUUUCCACAGAUGUAUGUGGAGCUAAUAUGUAUAAGGGGGGUGUGUUUUCGUUACCUGUGCUUGUAGCAUAGAACGGUUGUGUGUAAAACGCUGUCAGCUGGCGUCUGCGAAUCCAUGCCGACAGGUGAGCGUGGCGCCUGGUGGUUGUCUGUACAAGCUUCACUUUCCACGCCCUUCGUUUGGUUUGUGAUCAGCCAGCUGUUGCCAUCUCCACAUAUCAGACAGGAUCGAAGCGUCUAUAGGUCCAGCUGUGGCGAAACAAUCAUUAGCGGAAGUGCUGGAGGCCAUGAUCACUAGUCAAUCGAGCAUUAAUUAACACUGUGAAGUGUUUGUUCGGAUGUUUUCAUUAAAGCAAUGCCUUACUGUGUGAGAUUCCAUAUGCUCUUAACCGAAUAAGGAACGUGUCUCGUCUUAGCUCUUUGUGUAACGAUUAUUAUUUACCAGCAGAACCAGCAGUAGAGACGUGUACAGUGACACUGAUGAGACUGUACAUAUACCUCAAAUGGACAAAGUCGAAUUGGAAACUCAAGCGUCAUUAGGUCAAUUGUUUUCUUACUGUGAAGUCGUUACCGCAGCACAGGAUGUUCUGUGGAAAUAAAAUGGUCGAGAAGGCUUCAGGCAUUUAAGAUGUUCAGGACACAGGCUCAGGCUCGUAUCCGUCUAAUACCCAAAAGAAUCUUCAAAACAGGCCUGUUCUGGUCUUGUCCUGGUCUUUAGAUCAUCUGGCCAAAGGGCCAGGAAACUUGCUGUUUCUGUCACCGCCUAUUGAAGCUACGCGUUGAUGUACAUAAAGGUGAGAAACGUAAAGUGUAACCGGGAGGACGACGUUGUAUCUGUUGUGGAAUCUGCUCAUGUAAGAUUGCAUGUUUUUCUUUCUUAUAAAAAACAGUUAUGACUAACAGGAUAAGGACGUGGAAAGUUGGCCCAAUGUAUUUAUUUAACUCCAUGUUUUACCUUUUGAUGCCUGGUCUGCAUUAAAUGAUGUCAUUUAGAGAUUGUCUUACUGCUCCAAAUUCCCAUCACUGUACAUAUUGUUUUCAUCUUGGAGGUCGCUUACAGGUAACGGAGUGCGCUGAUGAUGACGAACGUCUGCUCUUCUGUUCACUUAAUAAUGAUGUCACCCCAAGAGCCUUUUUUCUCUAUGUGCAAUAUUUCCUGUUCAUGCAGUACUAAAGCCACUUAGUCUUUUUAAAACUGUCGUGAGGUUCAUUGCUGACGCAAAGGCUUCGUUGUCCUUUUUUCUUCGAGACUGUUGUCUUUCAUAGUCAAGGAGGCGUUUUUAUAUAACACAGCCAAUGUUGUAUGAAUGAACAGUGUCUGUAUAAUUGCACAAAUACCUGGAGAGUAAUUUGAACAGCUUCAAAACAAUGAAAUAUGACUGUUCUUGUGCAUUCUUCUGUUUGUUUAUAAACUAUUAAAGCCCAUUAAGUGUGUUGUAGA